AUGAUGAAUGAAUCAUUUUAUAGAAUUUGUUUUUCAACACUAAAGACCCUUUGUGAAUUAAGACUUAUUACUGAUUAAGAAAAAAUCCAUCUUAAGUAGAUUGUUGUUCACCAUUAAUUUUAUAUCCCACAAAAUUUAGAUCCUCAUUAACUUUCUUCAUUUUUUUUGUUUUAAAUUAAAAUGUAUAGAAGAGAAUUAGAAAUCAAAACUUGUGAACUUUUAAUCAUUGAUGAAGAAACUGAUGAAGAAUUAGCUUGA